AUGCGAACCGCCCUGACGGUGUAUUGGUCCGGGGACGAGGUACCUCUCGCACUAUACCCAAUGGCCAUCCCUGAAGUCCAUGAUGGCUCCGACGAUGGGAUCAUCACGUUCCAAGAUCGCGAAAUCAUCGCCAAUUCUGUCUCGGCAGAUUUCUUCACCGGAUACCAUUACCGCAAAGACUGUGAGACGAGACAACAACGGAACGGAAAGGACAACCGCUUCUACAACAUUCCCCGAGAGCUCGUACUUGAAAUUAUCCUUCACCUAGAGGCUGUGGAUAUUUUCAGACUGCGGCAAGUUUCGCGCAUUUUCCUGCAUCUGACUUCGAUCGGGGUGUUUGACGAUUAUCGCCGACAGCCGAUGCUCCAACGGCUUCAACAGCUGAUGCAAAGUGUCUUGGCUGGCCAAAUGUCGCCGCCUCGCUUCUCGCCGCCAAUGAUGUUUUGGAUCCCCAGAGAUGAACUAGUCAGGGUGAAAGAGUCGCGUCGAAAACAACUCUUGUGCCAGCCGUGUCGUGAAAAUUACGGUCGGUCGUCUGCCAACGGCUCUAUCUACGAUUACGAGGUACGGCUCAAUGGGCUCCUGAAAGAGGCCAUCUGCGUUGACGAACCGAUCUUCUAUUGUAGAGAUUGCGUUGAAAUGGUUGGAGAACAUGGCAAAGAGCCUAGGAUAGUGUAUUCGCCAAAGGAGUCGCUCACCGACGAGUUUAUGGACGUUGCCAUGGGUUGGAAGCUUGUGGCCUACGAUUUGAAGGCAGCGAUAUACCAGAGGGUCGACAAGAGUGUUGCGCCUGCUGGGCUGAAAACCAUACACAUCUUGAAGGGAAAUUCAUGGCACAUGAUAAUCAUGACGAUUUGCUCAGAAGCUCCACGCAUAUCGUCAAGUGCCCUUUAUGCCUUUUUGAGUACAUUUGGAGACUGGAAGGCUCCAGAGUCACUCUGGAGGGAAGGAAAAUAUUCGCAGUGA